AUGCCUUCACUUUCGGGCCCUACGCCUCGCCACCCCACUCACAUCAACCUUCCGCCUCCAUUUUUCUCUUCUGUAUCCCUGUCACCGUCGCCUUCGCACAGACUUGAAGAUCCGUUCGCUAGUCCGCUCAUUUCCCCCGCUCUGACCUUUUAUACGGCCCCGUCGUCCCCGAUUGUUUCUCCGCUUGUCGAUGAACCCCCGGAAACCAGUCAGGCGAUGGUAUGCGACCCUCCACCUCAGAACGUAGCCAUAGUGGUUCCUUCGGCUCAACACGCGAUGGGUCCUACUCAACAACCCUUUCCGCCCGUGCCUCAGACCGAUGACACUUUCCCUGAGGUUUCUGGCCUUGAUUUGGCCUUAGACGAUGAAGGACCCGAAUUAAAUCCCCUCGAGAAAAUAUAUCUGUAUUCCGUCAGCAAGGCGACAUACCAUCGGGUCUUUAUUUCUCGCGAUCUGCCCAAUCUUCUUGACCAAAUUGCUCCUCAAGAAGCAGUGGAAUACGUCCUUCCCUUAUUGCAAGUUUUGUCGAAAGACCAAGAUGAAUCCGUUAGAGAGGCCUUAACAUCGGGUCUUGCCUCGGUGAUCUGGUGGUUUUUGACACACUGUCAGGUCGUCGCCACAAUGGACAAUCAGAUCAACUCAUAUCCGACGUCCAUAUCAGUUCAUGCAUUCACACCAAUUCUUGGCAGACUUUUACUAAGUCCGAAUGGCUUGGUAGGCAGCUCUGCUAAAUGUGUGGUUGUAAACCUUCUUCAGCGCAUCAGAGAGGCUGAUGGUCUCGAAGAUAUGAUGCAGGAAACUGAGAACCGCCAGGCCAAACUUGGUAUACCCAUACCUGGCAUCAGGGUUUCACCACAAUCAGACGAUUGGGUCGCGGAUUCGUCUUUCGUUCCAAAAGCCUCGCUCAAUGAAGAUUUAACGAUAGGUCUCUUUAGAAAGAACGAACGAGUCCUAUUUGAACAGGAAAUUUUAUGGGAUUUGGUUGCUGGGCUAGAUCGGCUCAUCUUGGACGGCGAUUCGGACUUGUUGCCAGACCAGAGUCCUCGUAGCGAUUCCACUAGCUUUUCUGACCCCUUUUCUGACUCUGUAGGGCGUCAAACAGAUGAGCAAAUUACUUCUUUGCAUCCAUUACAAGAUCGCAGCCACUCACCUAUACGAUCACCCGACUUGCCACUUCCGACAAACUAUCAGACUUCCACACUACUGCCGGCAUCUAAUGGCACACCAAACUCUGACGUUGUCUUGCCAUACUCAACUGGUUAUAUAUACAAUGACGGAAGUUCGCAGGCGGGAAGUAUGAGUGACGACGGGGGUGACCACUGCAACGAGAAUCAAGAACAAAAAGCUGUGAAGCGUCUGACCAGCAUGAGCUUAAUGGCCAUCGUUACUUCCACCGGUUAUGUUGAUGAGCAAACGCAAAAUGCGUUUGUCAAAGAAGUUGAACAUGUCGUAAUGGAUUCGAUUUAUUGGGUUCGCCGAGAAUCGAGCUUCGUGCUUGGAGCUCUGGCGAAAGUUGUGCCAGAUGAAGUAGUUCACACAUCCCUGCUUCCCCUUCUGGAACGUUUACUCAUUGACCCUGCUCCCCUUGUUCGCCACUCCUCGCUUUUCGCCCUACCCGUCAUAUUGGCGCGGCUGCCGGUAAAGCACAGAAGAGCAUUAGCUGUUCAUACUAUGCAGUCCAUGAGCGCGGAUGAAUCUCCCGACGUGCGAUCAGGGGUCCUAGAAGCUCUGGGUGAAGUCAUUCACACUUUUCACGAUGAAUACCGGAAACCCGGUGACGACACAGAAGGACCACCAGCUGAGCUCAUUAGUAUGUUUAUUGGACAGAGAGACGAUAAGAAAGUCUGGGAUGGACAACAACCUGCCCUAACCCAACCAUUUGACCGGGAUAAAAUGAGGUGGUUAGACUCAUUCUAUAACGAUCCUUGUAGGCCUUUAAUAUGUGCCUUCAACCUACCUGCUGUGGCCAUGACUUUGGGUGUUUCUCGCUGGGAGACUCUUCGGGAGACUUACCUGAAGCUCUCGAACAGUCCUGCGUUCGGCGUUCGGCGGACACUGGCGGCCUCUGUCGGUGACAUGGCGAAGGUUUUAGGUCCAGAGAUUGCGCAGCGGGACUUGAUGUCUGUCUGGUGGGAUGGAUUGCGGAGCCAGGAGGCAGAGAUAAGACUGAAAAUCGUACAAUCCCUUGAGACGUUUGUCGGAUCGUUAAAUGUCGGAGGGAAAACGGAAGUUCUCGAGGGGGUUUUGGAAGCAUGGAAAGAAAACAGGUGGAGCUGCUGGCGAGAAAGGGAGCACAUAGCCGGAUGUUUAUCGGCCGUCAUUCAAUCCGUGGCAAGCCAGGGAGACCAAGAAGUGGUUUAUCUGUUGCGGCUUGUGUGUGGGUUGUUAAGGUUUGCUCUGAUCGACAAUGUCAAUGCUAUUCGAGAGGCAGGCAUUCACACCCUACCGCUGAUAUGGCCCAUGCUGCAACGGCACCCUAAGGUCCUCGGAGACCUACAUUUAGAUCUUCAGGGUCUUUCGUCCUCAAGCGUGUUCAGGCAGCGAAUGACUUACAUUGCAUGCCAGCAGGUGCUCCUCCUUCCUGACGGUGAUAUGGAGGCCGUCAAAGUUCCUGAUGAAGAGCUCUGGACAACGCUCCGCGAAUUGUCAAAAGACUCUAUAGUCGGCGUUCGUAUUGGUGUUUCCAGAUUAAUUGCCGGUCUGUAUGGUAAGGUACUCCUCCCUCUACGCGAAGCAAUCUGUCAUCAAAUUCUUCUGCAGCAUCCUGUUGGACGAGGACGUUGCCGCCUGUCUCUGUGA